GCAGGUAUGAUGACUCUUGCAGCACAGCGGCGCACGAAACAGGCAGAAACCGUUCCACGAAUUGAAAGCGGAACACGAUGCUAAUCGUACUACAACCACUAAAGUGUGGUGCGGACAGGUUGUAUAUUUAAGGAUCGCAUAGCAACCAGCUCAGACAGGCACCAGCCACGUGCGGAGCUAUCAUGAACACCAUGUUGAUUGUAUUUGCGCUACUGGCCUCUUCAGUACUGGCGGAAGAAAGCAAGAACUUAACGGAGAAAAAUGAGACAGCAGUCGAAGGACGAGGACUGUUUUUGGGCAGCCACAAUGUCUUUCCUGGCUGUCCACCCUGCCCGUGCGCGUACGGCGUUGGUAUCGGAGGCUUGGGUGGUUUUGGUGCCUCUGGUGUUGGUCUCAAUUAUGGGGCUGGACCAGCAUUCGGCCUUAACCCAGGUGUUGGCCUAGGCCCUGGUGUCGGUGCUGGCCACGCAGUCGGAGGAGCAAGUAUCGGUUCCGGUCUCGGAGGUGGCCCGAUAGCCAAAGGAUCAGGGCUCAGUCAAGGUAUAGGGGUCAGCCAUGGAGCUAUAGGAGCAAAUCCUGGUUCCGAAGGAGGACUUCAGCAUGGAACAGCCAGCAUUAACCCUGCAGUGGGCGGUGCACUAGCCGGCGCGGGAGGCAUUGGUGUUGGUGCCAGUGGCAGUUCUAGCUCCGUCUUCUCUCCCGGAGCUGGUGUUAGCCCUGAAAUCGUUCAUGGUGGAGGACCUAUAUUGGAACCCAUGGGAGGGGCUGGCCUUGGUGUCAGCCCGACCAUCGCUGGUUUAGGUAUUGGAGCUGGCAUUGGAGCUGGACAUCAUUCAGCGGCUUCCGGCCACUCGGGUUUUCAGACGGGCUCCGGAUUCGCCAACAAGGCCGGUGGACACAAGGCCGGUCAGGGAAGCUUUGCCUACAACGUGGGAGGGUCAGACAGCAGCUCGUACGGGCACAGCAGUUCUUAUGGUGACUCGAAGAGCUUUGGCCUAAGUUCCAGUGAAGGUUCAAUCCAUGCCCAAGGUCAGGGCAGCCAUGGAACCACCUUCAACAAGCAGGCUGCUGGUUCGGAAGCGUCUAGUCAUAGCUCUGGGGUGAAGACUAAGGUGGUUGUUUGAAAAAUUUGGGCUCAAGUUUGUAGAGCUGACUGUGCUUGCCAAAGAAACGUUGUAUGUGAAAGCCAAAUAAAACUUUUAUCUUAUGUA